AUGGCCCUGCCAGUGCUGGCCCUGACAUUCUUCCUGGCCCUUGCUCCUCUGCUGCUGGCAUGGGGACAGAUGCACCACGGUCCUGUGACUCCCGGUCUACAUCAGGAAGCAGGAAAAUGUAAAAUUCCCUCCAACUGGGACCCCAAACUGCAGUUUACUCCAAGGAGGAGCAACUAUGCCUUGAACGAAGUGGUGCAGCUCAGCUGUGCUGGGGAGUUUGUGCCAUCUGUCCUGCAGAUUCAAUGCAUUUCCAGAGAGACCCAGAUCCUGUGGAAUGAGACUGCCACCUGCAAGGAAACGUGCCAAAAACCCUACUGGGACGUCAGACUCCAGCUGGCACCAGACCAGGAGAGUUACAGGAAGAAUGAAGAAGUGAUUCUGAGCUGUCCCAAGGGUUUCCAACCACCUUUCACCCAUGUCAAAUGUACAGGAAAAGUUCUGUCUAUUAUCAAUGGAAAACCUGUACACAGAGAAACUUGGACUGGAAAGGACAGCAGAGGCAAUGUGAUCAACAUUCACACUCAGCUCAAGUUUAGGGUGCAGUGCCUUGAUGUCCUCCAGGUUGACCAUGAGACCCUGGAGGUUUCCAGCACCAGCAUCAAACUGAACUGGACCUGCAGGCUCCCUCGUAUGUGCCCACUUAUUUGGGCCAGAUGCCGGCUGGAGCACCAUUCCUCCUCGAACUGUGAGGCUAAGGAGGUGAAGGUAGAGGAGAAACUGCAAGGCCAGGAGGGAACUUUCACCUGCUCCCCUCUGCAGCCCUUCACUGUCUACAGUGUCACCAUCUCCCUGCUGCCUAGCACAAUCCUGUACACACGGCUCAUCAUGACAAAGGAAAUAGUGCCAGACAAGCCAGAGAAGCUGUGGGUGGAUUCCAGCACGGGGUCCCUUAGGUGGAAGGCACUGCCCUCCUGCAAAGGGAAGAUCAUUGGAUACCAGCUGAACAUCACCACCAUGAGAGCAGAGGACAGCAGCUUCCUUGAAUUCAGUCAGGUGUUGGUGAAUCAGUCUGUCUCUGAGUAUGUGCCACCUCAUCACACAGCUGGCAGCAAAUACCUGGUGACAGUGCAGGGCCUGACAGCCGCUGGGGCUGGGGCUGCAUCACAACUGGAAUUCCAAACCUACGUCAUGGUCACUGUAGUGGUGGUGGUGCUGCUCUUAAUCCCCUUGUCUGCUGGGAUCAUCUGGUUUGUGCUGUUCAGAAAAAAGAAGGCCUUGCCCAGCAAAGCUGAGGAGGAUCAGUACACAGAGCUCCAGCCCUAUGAGAAUGUACAUGGGGAUAAUUACUGUGUGAUUGAGACUUUUCAUGAGAAGGAUGCAGGUAAGUGUGGCCAGGCUGGAGAGACAUUUCUCCAGCCCCUGCCUGUCCACAAGAGUCAGCAGUGA